AUGGAUCAUUCGCGACCCCGAAACCGAAGACUGGCGACCUAUGGCGCUUCCAGGAAUCAGCCUCCCAAAACCACACCCACGAGCACUUCGACGGUCAAAGGGACUACAGCCCCUGCGGGAAAAUUGCGCGCCUCGCGGCCAUUGAGCCACAAGCCGGAAGGCACCGAGAAUUGGGAAAAGCGACCAACACGCCCCGGCGCCUCUCUGGCUUCCGCUCUCGAAGAACCGCGGGCAUCCGCCGAAGAUAGCAUCUACGAUUUACCGUCAUCGGAUGACGAAGGCCACCAAGGCAUCAUACAGCGACAGCGAAGGCGCCAGGGCCCUGGUGAAAAUGCCCUUCUGCACCAGAACCGCUUCGAAUCGCGAACUAGUGCGGUAGUCGAUACCAACCACAGGCAAUGCAACUAUUCGACUGUGAAACAACAUGCGGUUGACUCGUUAAGUGAAAAUGACUCUCUACGGACGAGGAAAGCCGUACGGGACCACAGCGAGAUACUCGGGCGAAAGCAAGGGGAUUCACUGCUCCUUCGGCAGACAUUCACAGCAGUCCCCGUAACUGAAAGAGCCAUCGAGUCCACAAAAGCUGAAGCUUCUUGUCUCGAUGAUCGUGAAUUGCCGCGGCAAGCUCAGACGGCGGGAUUUGCUGAAAAAAAAAAAAGACAUAUUUCCAGCAAUCCUGUAUCUCCUAGUCCCCGUAAGGUGGCUCGAACAACCGUUGGAAGCACCACUCCCGGUCGAAGGAGGCUAAUCGACUCACUGGCUACAACAAGGCAGUCGGAUGAUGAAAAGUCACCCAAGAUGCCCCCCGACAGCCCACUGUCUUCGUCCUUUGCUCACCGCAGCCCAAGUCAUCCAAUUGACACUGUAUCACCAGCUGUUCCAAUUGAAAGCCAACCACAGGGCUAUGGCCAGGAUUCUACUGUUCCCGCUUCCCCCCAUCUUCGAGGCUCCAAAGUUACAUAUGCACGCCAACGUUCGUUUUUGGACGACCUUCUGGGCCAGGCCCUCCCCACCGACCUGGAGCAACCUGACCCGUUGAUUUCACCGCGCGGAUCCAGCGAGCAUAUACCCCGUGCACGUCUAAUCGCGAUUGAUGAUGUCAAUGACGACGAUGACGGAACUGUCCGAAGCAUCUACGAAUUGCGCCAGGCUGGUGGGAACGUUCGCUAUCGGGGAGCCGUCGAGUCAAUCUUUGAGGAUAUUGAGGAUCCACUCAAUUCGGUAUCGGGUCGAAGCAGUGCCUUGUCCCAACUUUGUGGGAAACUGUUGGAUUCAAAACUAGCCCGACAGUUUCUUGACUGUGGCUUCGACAAGAGACUUGUGGAUUGUCUUUCUCCUGCUCUCGAAAUUGUUCCUGCUACGCUCGCUCUUUGCGCCUUUGCCCUUGCCUCUCAGGGCAGGUCGCUGCCGUACAUUCUCGCGACUGCUGCAUGGCCGAAGCUUCUGAAUAUAUCUUCUAUUUUACUCAGCGUCCAGGAUGAUAUUUCUAUCGUGAUGCAAGCUCAGAACAGCCAUCUAUCUCGACCUGCUCAAAACUUGGUCCAACAGACUGCCUCUCAGAUUAAGUCGGCACUGUUUCCGGAAGACUCCUCUAUUCAGCUCUCUCCUAGCUUCCUGAUGUUAAACUGCCUGAGGAUCACCGUGUCGGCCUUCCAGGAGAAGGGCGAGUGCCCCAGUGCGCUUCCUACAACAUUGCUGAAGCAGCUGGUGGAUCUUCUACUUUCUCAGAGUCCUAACGGUGAUAUCUACAGGGCAUCUGCACCUGGAAAUUCCCAAGUGCUACAGCUUGGGUUAUCUAUUCUGGAAAUGCAUACUACAUCGGGAGGCCCCCCUCAGCAAGCGCACCGCGACAUUCUCUCUUUGCUGAAAGAUAUGCACGAAUUACUGUUCGCGAAGGACGAUUCAGACACAACCGGUCAGCAAAUACAGAUGCUCUAUAUACGGGUAAUCUUGAACAUGACCAACAAUGAUCCAAUGCUGUGCGAUAGCUUUGCAACAUCUGCGAUGGUCGGGCAGCUAGCUGAGAUUGCGAUUACCAAUUUUGGUGACUUGACCGAGGAUUCUCUCGCUCAGGAGAACAACCCUCUGAACACGGUGAUCUUGGCAUUAGGAGCUCUCAUAAACCUGACCGAACAAAGUGAAGCAUCCCGUACCAUGUUUCUCGAAGCUGCUCGAGGCGGCAAGUCUCUUCUUGAUCGACUGUUACAUCUUUUUGUAGACAACGUUGAUUCAACCUCCAAGGCUCACUCCGUUUUGGAAGUGCAUCACAAUGUCACAGUGGGGUAUCUAGCAGUGCUCCUUUUGGCGCUAUCCCUCGAUAUGGAGGCCCGACGGCAAAUCAAGAAGCCCAUGCAGUCUAAUGGGCUAGCAAUUGUUAUGUCUACCGUUGAUGAGUUCUUGCAGUACCAUCAGAAGAUCGAACAGGAACUGAACCCUCCCCAGGCCCAGGGGAAGGCGAGUAGUUUCAUAAUUCGUCUCCAGAGCCUUGUUAGUCAGGUCCAGCAGAUCGAACAUGGUUGA